AUUUUGACUUCCUGUAAAUGAACUUGCUAACAGAAAUUUGAAGCGCGUUUUGAGGGGCUUGAAUUGCGAAGGUUUUGUGUGACGGAAUGAAAAUUUUACUGAUUGAAAACUAGAUGACCCAGAUAUAGUUACCGCGUCGACCGAUGACACAGGUUCGAGUGAUUCGUGCAAGGCCGUCUCUAGCCCCGCAAUGGUAGCGAAUUUUGGCCUCGUUUUCCUCUCCCUCUGUGUUCUGAUACUAGCACCGAAAGUCUCUCACGGUGCAUGUCAGGCCGGAUGGGAAUCAUACUCGAGCUACUGCUACCUGUUCGUAGUUCGCAGUCCGUCACAAAUCGGACUGUCAUGGGAAGACGCAGACAUUGACUGCCAGUCCUACGGUGGACGCCUCACAAGCAUUUUGGAUCGGAACGAGCAAGCGUUCAUAACACGAUCGACCAUUCGGUACAGAAAUGAGCGAUUCUGGAUCGGCUUCAAUGACCGCGGGAGUGAAGGUAAUUUCUCGUGGGUUGAUGGAUCCAAUUCCAGCUUCAAAAACUGGCGCAAAGGAGAGCCAAACAACUGGCAGAAUGAAGAUUGCGCGGAGGCUGUGUGGAACACGGGUCAGUGGAAUGAUGAACUUUGCUCCAACACGUAUGGGUACAUCUGCAAGAGACUUGCAAGUGCUCCCUGGCCGACCCAGGGGACCAUGGUCCCACCAACCACCCAGUCACCAAUAGUUUGCGACUUUGGCUGGGAAUUUUUCGGUACCUCAUGUUACAAGUUCAAUACUGCACGAAAGACUUGGUCGAUGGCCAAGGCGGAUUGUCAUGGCGCGGGCGGAUAUCUAGUCAAAGUGGACGACGCCACGGAGCAAAAUUUUCUCUCCUAUAGAUCGCGAACAAUAAGCCAGUCCAUGUGGAUUGGAGCAACGGACGAGGCGGCAGAAGGUCAUUUCGUAUGGGAGGGGGAUGGGACACUUGUCAACUACACCAACUGGUUUAGAGGGGAGCCUAAUGACCACAGCGGCAAGGAGGACUGCGUGGAAAUGAUAGCAGGAUACUACGCGGGUUACUGGAAUGAUAACUUCUGCGAACAAUUCAGAAAUUUCAUUUGCGAGAAGCCAUUCGGCGAAAAUCUCUGCCCCGUCAACUGGGUUACUAUCGGAGACUCGUGCUUUGAGUUCAACACCCAUCCUGCCCAGGAGCUAACGUGGAGCCAGGCUCAGGAUUCCUGUAGACUCAAUAGCGGUGCCGACCUGGCAAGUGUGCGUACAAUCGACGAGCAGAACGCCAUCUUGAGCCAGCUGACUGAUUUUGGAGCCAGGAACGUGUGGAUAGGAUUUAAUGAUAUCGCAACCGAGGGAGUAUUUGUCUGGAGCGACAGGACUAAGGUGGACUAUACCAACUGGUCGCCGCGGGAGCCGGGAAGUGGCACGUUGGCGGAUUCCAAAGACUGUGUGGUGCUAGAGGCUGGCUCGCAAAAUGGCACGUGGUCUUCAACUCCUUGCGCUUUGAAAACAACGUAUUUGUGUCGCCGAAGACGAGGACGUGACCAGUGUGACUCUCCGUUCGGAAUGCAGAACAAUAUGAUCGACGAUUCGCAGAUAACAGCCUCCAGCUCUAAACCCAGUGCGGACCCGUCCCAGGCCCGUCUCAAUCUCCUACCGGCAGACGGAAACGCAGGAGCCUGGUGUGCAAAUGUCAACAGAAGGUACCAAUACCUUCAGAUCGACCUUGGCGUUGUACGGCUAGUCAAGCACAUUGCCCUCCAGGGAAGACCUAAAUCCAACGACUUUGUCAGAACGUUCUACUUAAGAUUUUCCAACGAUGGUUUGAACUACAUUCCGUACGGGGCUAACGCAUCUAUGAGCUACAGGACCCUACAAGGCAAUUCAAAUGCCAACAACGUAGCGAACAUUAUGUUGGCGGAGCCAUUCAAUGCGCGCUUUAUCAGAAUAUUCCCUCUAACAUGGAGCAAUAACAUUUGCAUUAGAACCGAGCUUUAUGGGUGCGCAUCUCAGGCGAAUUCAGUCAGAUGCGGCGUUGGUUGGGAGGAGGGACCCGACGACACUUGCUACCAGUUUAACACAGACACACUCAAGAUAUGGGCAGAUGCCCGAGCUGUGUGUAAUGGUCGUGGUGGCGAUUUAUUAAGCAUCGUCACGGCCAACGAGAAGUCCUAUAUUGAGAAGCGAAUCAAACCCUUAGCAGGCUCUUCAGCGUCUCUGUGGAUUGGUUUGAAUGACAGGGAAUCCAAUCGUCUUUUCAGCUGGAGCGAUCAGAGCCCAUUCGUGAUAACGAGAUGGGACGCAGGAUACCCGAAGGACACAACAAAUACAAAAUCUUGUGUGGAGCUCGUUCCCAGUCGCGCCGCGUGGAGAGAUGUGGACUGCGGAGAAUUUAAGCCGUUCAUCUGCAAGAGAAAACUGGUAACAACGACCCAGAAGAAGUUCUCUAUGACUGCAAAUUGGCUUAGUACCACAGACAUGUACUGGCCCCUGGAUGACGUCAUCAACUCACGCGUUCUUGGAUCAACGGUGGCUUCAGUCAUUGGCAAUGUCGUCAACGCAAGCGAGAAGCAAAAUGGGAAAAGUGCGCUACAAUUCCAGUCUUUCUCGUCAUACUUGCAAGCUGGUGAAUACCCCGGUCAGUGUAUCAGCGAUGCCGACUUGUGUAAUACUGGACUUAGCAUGGUGUUCACGAUUCGACUUGACACACAAACCUUGAGGUGGUCGCGAGUGUUUUUAGUGGACUCUAUUGGCGACCCGCAGCUUCAGACAUCCCGCGGGUUUGCGGUGUAUCUCGAAUCUAGACAGAUCGUCGUCACAGUCUUCACAACGAGACUUAAAUGGACGGUACGGGCAUCUAUCAGCCCGGCAGUGUGGCAUCACGUGGCGUUCACUUGGCAGGCGGGCACAGGACUUCAGCUUUACAUAGACGGCGUAAUGAAAGUCAACCUCAAGGCUGGAAUAAUACAGACCCCGCCCCACACGACCAACUCGUUUCCCCUCACCAUCGGCAGCCAGGGACGCGCAAAACUUCCUGGAUCCUUCUACAUGCGCGGGCUGGGGAUCUGGAACCGGGUACUCUCCAGCCAGGAAGUCUCUGCGAUCUUCAUUUCCGAGUUUGGUGUGUGCCGCACUGGUUGGAAGGAAUACGGGCAAUACUGUUACCAAUUCAAUAGCGACAAACGGAAUUGGCAAUCGGCGCGUCUGAUGUGCCAGAAUCGCGGCGGAGAACUGGUCAGCAUCCUCUCCCCAGUUGAACAAGCGCACAUCACACUAGAAGUUGGAUUCUUUGGUCUCAGUACAUUUGCGUGGAUAGGUUUUCAUGACAAGACAAUCGAGAGCGCGUGGGAAUGGUCAGACGGAUCUCCUGUCCGGUUCACCAACUGGUGGAAUUACCAACCGGACAAUUGGAUCAACAGCGAAGAUUGUGCCCAUACCUACCACCAAACGAGUGCCAUGGGACGAUGGAACGACAUCUCCUGCUACACAAACAUGGCCUAUAUCUGCAAGCGAGAUAAAGAAUACAACCCCUCUGCGCCGGUCAGUCCGACAACAGCUCCCCGUCAGCAAAACAUUUGCGAGUGGACAUCAGAUGCACUAAGCUGCCCUUCAUCCACCGUGAUCUCGGUACAGAAGGCUAACUACGGACGCACUGAUCGACAGCCGUGUGGACCAAUUAGUGUCACCGGAUGUGUCUUUGAUGUCACCGCAAAGCUACAGGCCAUGUGUGACGGAAAUCCAUAUUGCUCUGUUAACCCCACGAACCAGCUGUUUGGUAAAGACCCCUGUCCCACUGUGAGGAAAUACUUGGAUGUCACCUUCGUGUGCAAAAGAGGUGCUGUGGUGACUCAAGGCUGUCCGGCGGGCUGGCAGCGAUCUCCCGACGGUAAUGCAUGUUAUGGCCUGACACUGGACAAGAAAACUUGGCCUGACGCACGUGAUUCUUGUCGCGCCCAGGGCGCAGAGCUCGCCAGUAUACACACCGGAUGGGAGAGUGCCCUGGUGACAAGUCUUCUAGUGACGUCAUGGGACGCCGGUGACGUAUGGAUUGGUCUGACGGACACCAAUCAGCGCGGCAUCUACCGCUGGACUGACGGUAGCCCUGUGGACUGGACUAACUGGUGGAAUGGGGAGCCUAAUGACCGUGGCGUCACGGGAAGUUGUGUGCGGGCGACCUUGACAGUUAGCAGUCGGGAUUGGAUGUACUGGGUUGAUAGCAAUUGUACCAGUACACCAUACGCAUUCGUUUGCAAGAAAUACAGACAAAACUAUACUCCACCGACCAGGCCUCCAACUACACUUCCUGUAGGACUGUGCCCGUCAGGAUGGGUAACGUACAUGUUUGGCUGUUACAAAGUCUUCAGUCAAAGGAAAUCGUGGACCGCGGCACGGGAUUCUUGUCGCGCUCUCGGAGCUAACACAGAUCUAGUCAGUAUACACAAUGCUGCGGAAAACAAUUUUGCCAGUUCGCUUACAAACAGCACAGUGACGAACCUCUGGACUGGGCUUAAUGAUAGGGGUGUCAUCUCUGGUCACGUGUGGAGUGACGGGAGUCCUGUGUCCUACACCAACUGGGGUCGCACGCAACCCAACAGCUAUUAUGGCCAAAGCCCUUGCGUGGUGCUCAGACGAGAUGGCUACUGGAACGACAGAUCGUGCUACCUUCCAAAAGCUUACAUGUGCAAGCGCAAACGACCAGCGACAGCAGUGACUACACAGCCAGCUACACCAGCGCCAACGACUACUGGACCACCCCCGGGUACAUGCGAUAAGACUUGGACGUACUGGCGUGGGAUGUGCUAUCUCUUUAGCGGUGACGAUCUGGUCAGCAGACAGACGUGGCAAGAUGCGCGCGCAGCCUGUCAACAGGCCGGUGCAGAGCUCAUCAGCAUUCAAAGCGCCGCCGAAAACGCAUUCGUCUACUCAGGCUUUAGAGCAAAGUAUCGAAGCUGGACGAUAUGGAUCGGGCUAAAUGAUUUGGAUGAUGAGAGCGUUUACGAGUGGAGUGACGGUUCACCACUAAGCUAUACCAACUAUAACUGGAAGGAACCAAACGACUGGCAAGGGCAGGAGGACUGCCUGGAAAUGGUCCGAUGGAACGGAAAAUGGAACGAUAACCAGUGCAAUCGAAAAAAUCCAUACAUCUGCAAGAAGCAAAACAAUUCUGUGCCAAUAAUCUCCACGCCUUCUCCUACUCCUGGGCCAGCCUUGGGGCGAUGCAAUUCCGGGUGGCUGCACUAUGACAAAAGCUGCUACAAGUUUGUCGCAACUGAACGACAAAACUGGGCCAAUGCUCGCUUGCGCUGCGACCGCGGGACGAACUCAUCUAUGUAUGGUGACUUGGUCACCAUUGACAACCAAUACGAGCAAGCAUUCAUAAGUAGCAUGAUGCUCAGCUAUACAUCCAAGCCUCGGUUCUGGAUCGGGAUGAACGACAUUCAUACUGAAGGAGCGUUCUACUGGGCCGAUAACAGUCCCGUGCGGUACACCAACUGGAAUACUCGUCAGCCCAUGAAUCGCGCAAACCUCGACUGCGUUGACAUCGAGCCCCGCUCCUGGGCCGCCGGGAAAUGGGCUGUUAGACCCUGCUCAUGGAGGGUUGGGUAUAUCUGCGAGUCAGCUGCACUUCCAAUCGGUCCCACAGCAGUGGCACCGACCAGUAAUCCGGACUGUCCGAGAUUCUAUUCCAAAUAUGGUGACUCGUGCUAUCGCAUGAGUUACAUCAAGUUACCCUGGAGUGAGGCUCGGGAGGUUUGCAAGAAGGAGGGGGGAGAUCUUGUCAGCAUUCACUCCGCUUUUGAGCAAGCUUUUCUGCUUCGAAACAUGAUCAACUUCGUGGGCAACGUCUGGACAGGCAUGACACGCAUGCCCAAUACGGUAGAGUUCACAUGGUCAGACCAGAGUGUCAAGGAGUUCUCUCAUUGGUCACGCGGUCAGCCGGGAAGGCCUGGAACUACCCAGAUGUGCGUACAAGCUAUCAAUAGUGCAAAAAGUGAUGCCCGCUGGUCAGCCGUCGACUGCGGGGUGCAGAAUGGCUUCAUGUGUAAAAUUAACAAAGGUGAACCUCAUAUAACACCUACAGUUGAUGGAAAAUGUCUCCCUGGCUUUAAGCGUUUCGACAAACAUUGCUACCUUUUCCGGAUGUUCCACCGCCUGACUUGGCCCCAGGCACGCCUGCGCUGUCAGAGGGAAGGAGGGGACCUGGUGAGCAUUUUGAGUCAGCAGGAGAAAGACUUCCUCAUUUACCAGAUGAAGACAGUCAACGGUAUCUGGAUAUGGACCGGUUUGAAUGAUCGCUCAGUAGAGCGCGGUUACGAGUGGAGUGAUGGAAGCCCUGUGUCGUUCACUUCUUGGCUCUACGGACAGCCUAAUGAUCACUGGGGGAGAGACAACUGCGUCGCUGUACAGACCCGAAUGGGCUCAUGGAACGAUGUGAACUGCAUGCAGCGUCGUGGGUACAUAUGCAAGGCUAAGCUCGAGUGUUCCAACCCUUUGGGCAUGGCAAGUGGGAACAUCACAUACCAGCAGCUUAACGCUUCGUCGUGGCUAGACAACGCGCAUGCGCCGUGGGAAGGACGUAUUAACGGGUCCAGUGCAUGGUGUGCAAGGACGACAAAACCAGGAGAAUACUUUCAGGUUGACUUCCAGGCCCCAACUAGUAUUUCCAAGAUCACAAUCAAAGGAACAAUGUUGUAUCGCAAGAGAGCUUUCGUCAAGGCUUUCACGGUCAAAUACGCUAUCUACAAAAACAAAUGGAUAGACUACAUGCAAAACGGAGCUGUUCGGGUUUUCCUUGCUAACUGGGAUGACAAGAGAGUGCUUACAUCAUCAGUAGAUCCACAAAUAUCUGCGCAGUAUUUGAGAAUAUACCCCACUCGCUGGUACUUCAAGAUCUGCGCACAAUUUGAAUUCUGGGGAUGCAGAUUUGAUUGCCAGAGCUCCCUUGGAAUGCAGCGUGGAUGGAUAACCAAGUCCCAGAUUACAGCUUCUACAGAGAUUGCACCGCUACAUAUUGCGUCUGAAGCAAGGCCCAACAUCGGCAUGGGAUGGUGUCCUCAGGCCUCCGACAAGUCACCAUGGAUACAAGUGACGUUCACCGGGCUGUACAGACGGAUCACACGGAUAGGCACAUGGGGGGUUGGGACGGGCAAACAAGUGACGUACACGAAAAGCUAUCGAUUGGGUUACAGCAAUGAUGGCGUCGCUUGGACGGAUUACACCGAGAACGGAAAUGUUCGGACUUUCCGCGGCAACACAGACGGCACGAGUAUGCUUGUACAUCAACUUGCCGAGCCUGUCCUAACCAAAUACGUCCGCGUGAAACCGCUGGGUGGCGCUACCGCAGGCACAUGCCUACGCUUCGAGCUCUACGGCUGCCAGAAAGGCUGUGAUGAUCCCGUUGGCAUGGAGCUUGGUACAAUCGAAGAUUCGUGGUUAAAAGCGUCCACAUCCUUGGACACAACUCAUGGUCCGGACACGGGAAGACUCAACGCCCCUCAAGGAUGGUGUGCCGCAAAUAACGACAAAAAUCAAUACCUACAGAUCGAUCUGAAUCAAAUGUACCGAAUCAGUAUGGUUGCUACACAAGGCUCAAAUGAUGGCACUGGCUAUGUGACGUCAUUCACAAUGCGGUCUCAAAUCCACGCUGGUCUCAGAUGGAUGGUGUAUAGGGAGAAAGGCCAGAUUAGGGUAUUUGAGGGUAACCAUGACGACAGUACAGUUGUCCGCUUUCCCUUGAAGUACAGUCAAAUCAGGGGUUCUUCAGUACAGUUUAACCCGCAGACGUGGUCUCAAAGGAUUUGCAUGAGAGUGGAGCUGUACGGCUGUCUUCGCAAUAAUGCAAACACAGCAAAACCACCGACAGAGCUACCAAGCGGAGCAACGCCAGUGACGGGACAGCCGCCGACGACUAGCCCCCCUGCUCCUAGAGACGUUUCGUAUGCUGUCACUAUGAAGCUAACUGAAGCGACGUGGAUCGAUGAUUAUAAGAACAGGAAUAGUCUGGCCUUCGAGGCCCUUGCAGAGCAAGUUGUUAACGAGGUGAAUAAGCUGUACAGUGGGGAUGAUACUAUCGUUUCUCUAGCGUAUAAGAGCUGCAAAGUCAUUGGUUUCAGACGCGGUAGUGUGAUUGUAGAUUACAAUGUCACGUUCAUUGCGGAUAUCGCCCAAGGAGCCAACGUAACCGCCCCUCUGCGCGCAGCAGUGAAGUCUGGGAGCCUGGGGCACCUUGCUGUUGACCCCACGUCACUCAAGAUAAAAGAAAUUGUCAACCCGGGCGGAAAGACGAGUCCACAAAAGAAAGGCUUAAAGGAAGGGAUGAGCUCCGGAGCUAAGGCAGCUGUUGGCAUUGUUGUAACCAUUGUGAUUCUGGCACUGUUCGUCGGCGGAGGGUGGUUCAUAUACAGACGUUACAGAGAAGCAGGAGCACCGCAAAAACAGUUCCAACACCAGACGUUUGAUAACCCUAUAAGCUUCUCUUCCCGAGCAUAUGAUGCGGAUGAGCCAAAUCCAGCCGUGACUAUCCCCGACAUGACACCGCCUGACGUGACACAGAGCGUGACCGCUCCUGACGCCACAUAUGGCGUCGCCUUUCCCGAUUUGAAAGCCGCAGAGGAAGACAUUCCUAGUAGCGCCACCAACCUUGCCGUCAGUGACGUCAUCAAGGACGAGAGUCUUUGCUGAGUAGUUAGAAGCCUUAGUGACCACCAAGGAUAGCUUUGCUGAGAAGUAAGGUAAAGUCAUCAAGGGGGGGGGGGGGGGGGUACCAGGUUUUCGGAUCGGCGGAUCUGGCCUAAAAUGGCGCGGAAUGUCGGAUUCUGAAAACAUACCGGAUAACGGAUCUAUUGAAAAUCUAACGUCGGGUUUCGGAUUCUGAUAAUCGCGACUACGGAUUUUGUAAAAAAAAGUCCCAUGUAUGAUUUAAACAUAUAAAAACAAAUGAGCUGAUCUUCGGAUUUGGAAACCCUUCCCCCCAUAAAAGAUAGUCUUUGUUUAGAAGAAAGCUACCUUAGUGUCGUCAUCAAACUCAAGCUCGUCUGUUUGUUAAGUGUUACUGUGUGUGAGCGUUAAGUGGUACUGGGUGUCAGCGUUAAGUGGUACUGGGUGUGAGCGUUAAGUGUUACUGUGUGUGAGCGUUAAGUGGUACUGGGUGUCAGCGUUAAGUGGUACUGGGUGUCAGCGUUAAGUGGUACUGUGUGUGAGCGUUAAGUGUUACUGUGUGUGAGCGUUAAGUGUUACUGUGUGUGAGCGUUAAGUGUUACUGUGUGUGAGCGUUAAGUGGUACUGGGUGUGAGCGUUAAGUGGUACUGGGUGUGAGCGUUAAGUGGUACUGGAUGUGAGCGUUAAGUGGUACUGGGUGUGAGCGUUAAGUGGUACUGGGUGUGAGCGUUAAGUGGUACUGGGUGUGAGCGUUAAGUGGUACUGGGUGUGAGCGUUAAGUGGUACUGGGUGUGAGCGUUGAGUGGUACUGGGUGUGAGCGUUAAAUUUGUCGUAUAUAAAUCUUCUCUAUUACAUAAUUUUAAAAACAACAGUUCCUAUCUUCCAACUUUGCUGCUCUUUUACUGUAUAAAAUUACUCUUAUACACAUGUUGUUCGUAGUUAUUUUGCUUUGCGGUAUGUACACGUUCAUGCCUUCGUCUUAGAAAACGAUUUGUUUUAUCCUAACAACAUGUGUUUUCUCUUGCUGGAGGCUUUCUUCUUUAUCUCAUGGUAUCCACACUAACGAAAUGGACCAUGGUUACAAAGCCUUGCUUGAGUACCAAUCGACGACGCCCGGAACUUUAAAUGGUACACCAUAUGACAGAAAAAGAUACUGGGUGUGAGCGAUAAGUGGUACUUCGUGUGAGCGUUAAAUGUUAACGUGUGUAAGCGUUAAGUGGUGCUGGGUGUCAGCGUUAAGUGGUACUGUGUGUGAGCGUUAACGUGUGUAAGCGUUAACUGGUAAAGUGAGUGAGCGUUAAGUGGUACUGUGUGUGAGCGUUAACGUGUGUAAGCGUUAACUGGUAUAGUGAGUGAGCGUUAAGUGGUACUGUGUGUGAGCGUUAACGUGUGUAAGCGUUAACUGGUAUAGUGAGUGAGCGUUAAGUGGUACUAGGUGUGAUCGAUAAGUGGUACUGGGUUAGAGCGUUAAAUGUUAGCGUGUGUAAGCGUUAAGUGGUAGUGUGUGUGAGCGUUAAGUGGUACUAGGUGUGAUCGAUAAGUCGUACUGGGUUAGAGCGUUAAAUGUUAGCGUGUGUAAGCGUUAAGUGGUAGUGUGUGUGUGAGCGUUAAGUGGUACUGUGCGGCAGUAGUAGGGUUGACCACGAUUUGUAAAGAGGACAUCAUUUUUACUCCAAAUUCAUGUAAUUAACAAAGAUGCUAGAUUAUUGCCAAAAAUAUUGAAAAUUGAAAACAGCCCGAAAAAGCCUGGAGCGAGAGUGAUUUCCAUUUUCAAAAGCUGUGGGUACUGAAUCAGUAGGAGAAUUGCAGCAUUGAAGGUCAAUCACACAAUUCCAUUGAGUUUUUCAAACCAAGAAAUUAUGAUGUAGAUGUAACUGUGUGACAAACACUAGUGCGCAUGUGCAGUUACCGUAGGUACAAUUACGUCAUUUAUCACAUAUUCACAACAAAAGUUAUUUUAAUAAAGGAAAUUCACUAAUA